GUUCUGGGUGGGCUUCCAAUCUGAUUUAUUCUGGUCGCAUCCCUUCUCUGGCCUGAAUUAGCUGCGGCAGUUUCGACGCAUCCUGCUCCCAAGUUUCUCUCCAGUGAGUUGUUGCCAGUCAAUUUGAGGUCCCAGAAUUAUUCUUUCCGUACUUAUGCGAGGAGUGCAAGAACAAAGGCUUGCACCUGAAGGGCUGACGCUUGAUUCUGCGGCCGUCCUGCAUGCCCACUUGCUGCGUUCCUUCUCGCUGCUUCCGCCGAUGGUAUAGUGUCUUGUUCUGGACCUUCCCUGAGGUUAGCUGUGCCUCCCACGCGAUACCGGUUGUCGUCCCUCACCCCCCAUCCCAGAAGGCUAUCAAUGUCUUCCAAUCCUCCCGACAUCAUGAAUUCCCUUUUCUUCUCUUCAUGUUGAUGCGCUUCUCCUUGGGAGCGUGGUCGUGUGCCGCACGCGGUUCAAGAGAGCGUGGGCAUAAUUAACGGACAUGGCGGUUCUUGAGCUAAGCCCGCCAGGCUUCGAAGAUAAGGCGGCCAUAAUGUUUGUUCUUCGAUUCGACCUGGUACUACACUACCUCCAGGUCGAAUCCCCUUUCAUCUCUUCGUUGUAUUCACUGGCUGGUCUAUUGAGAUGAAGAAGAGAUGUCGGCGGCUAGGGAGAUGGC